UAACCCUCGUUUCUUCAACAGAGAACAAAAAAAAAAAACCUUGCGGCUGCUCUGCUGCCAAAAAAAUCUCGUUACAUCUACACCCCUUUUUCAUGAACUGCCCAAUUCGUUAAGCGUUUCCGCCGUAGUGCUCAGCACGUGGACAUUACGAAGAAUGGUGCCCAGCUGCCCAGGGGCUUGCUAUCAAUUUUUGGGUGCUGAGUGCAGUGGUAUUUGAUUGAUGAAGGAGGCGGUGGCUGGUGUUGUUGGUUGUGGUGGAGGUGGUUUUGCUGAUCAGUUGUCGUAGAGGGUAGGAAAGAAAAAAAGUUGAAAAUGAGUUCAGACAGCCGCAGCAGGAGCAGAAGCAGGAGCAGGAGCCCAAUGGACCGUAAGAUCCGUUCUGAUCGAUUUUCCUAUCGUGAAGCACCUUACAGGAGAGAUUCACGUCGGGGUUUCAGCCGAGACAAUCUGUGCAAGAACUGCAAGAGGCCUGGUCAUUAUGCAAGAGAAUGCCCUAAUGUUGCAAUUUGCCACAACUGUGGCCUCCCUGGGCACAUUGCUUCUGAAUGUACCACAAAGUCGCUGUGCUGGAACUGUAAAGAACCCGGUCACAUGGCCAGCAAUUGUCCCAAUGAGGGCAUUUGCCACACCUGUGGUAAAGCUGGACACCGUGCUAGGGAAUGCACAGCUCCUCCGAUGCCUCCAGGGGACUUAAGGUUGUGCAACAACUGUUAUAAGCAGGGCCACAUUGCAGCUGAAUGUACGAAUGAGAAGGCAUGCAACAACUGUCGAAAGACAGGCCACUUGGCACGGGAUUGUCCUAAUGAUCCUAUUUGUAACUUGUGUAACGUUUCUGGACAUGUGGCUAGACAGUGUCCGAAAGCCAACGUUCUCGGAGACCGCAGUGGUGGUGGUGGUGGUGGCGGUGGAGGUGGUGGUGGUGCUCGUGGUGGUAGUUACCGAGAUGUUAUAUGCAGGAACUGCCAGCAAUUAGGUCACAUGAGUAGGGAUUGCAUGGGCCCCUUGAUGAUUUGCCACAAUUGCGGAGGCCGUGGUCACCUGGCAUAUGAGUGCCCUUCGGGUCGGUUUAUGGACCGCUACCCCAGGAGGUAUUGAUGGAUGGAAAUUUUACUUGUUACCAGUUAUAUUAAUGUUUCUCUAUAAUUUAAUGAUGAGGACAGAUUGUUGAUUCUCACAGUGAUUGUUGAUUCUCGGUAGUUUAUGUGUUUUGGCUUUACUAUUUUUAAUUUGCUAGAGACAUGACAAUGAUGCCAAUUUAUCGGUCAUUUAUAUUUUGAUAUUGGGCUUGUGUUAGGAAUAAGAAUUUGCUACUGGUAAGACUGUAUUGUAUGCACUGUGCUAUCUGAUGAGGAUGUUUUUUGUUGGUCCA